CACCGAUAUCGAUCAAUGAUUGGAGCAGAGUUUCUCCCAGGGGAGCAGGUUAGUCUGCGGCCAAAGAGUGCAUACUCGGGUGGGCGGAUCGUAGCGGUGACAGCGACGCUCGUAGACUCCCGACAAACUGUCAAAAAGCAGACAACUAACGCCAUGGCGGAGCUAGACCUGAGUCUGAGCGAUGCACUGACAGACAGCGCUCCCCAGCCGGGCCCGGAGAGCCUGGUGGAAAGGGACUUUGUGGCUCAGCUGGAAGCGGAGACCUUCGUUGAUCAGGUCGGGGAGACAGUGGGGAAGACAGACUACAUCCCACUGCUGGACAAUGACAGCACCAGAGCAGACACGGAUGCUACGUUGGAGAAUGGAGAGAAGGAAGCGCAUGUGGUGCAAAAGCCUGGUUGUAUGCUGACGGCGGGGGGGCAGACAUCACUGUUGCGCCCCGAGCCACAGGGAGAGGUGCGGAGACGCUCACUUGACCAGCAGCAGGCCUUGGCUACAGACGUCAUAUCAGCUUCCAUGGCAGGUUAUUCAGAACCUGUGGGCUCUCAGAACAGCUCUGCCCAAAUGAUAGAUACUGGCCGGAUGGAAGCUUUUUCAGGUUUGUCCCAGCCUGGUGGGAGGGGGGUCAAUGUGGAGUUGGGGUCUGCACCCCACUCAGCAGAGAAGAUUCCAAGCAUAGCAGAACCCCACCAUCCCACACCCCCAGCGGGUUCAGAAGCCCCUAAAGAGCACAUGCUGCCCGAACCCCAGACUCCUCGCAGCCCUCUGGAUCUGUCAUCAGGUGCCUUAGGCGACUGCUGGCCGGACGAGGCUGGCUGCCUACCGACAGACCUCCCUUUCAGCCCUAGUGUCUCCACCGUGAUCAGUCGCCAUGCAGGCCAUCUCCCAGUCAACCCCGAAAACCCACCUGACAGUUGGCCCAGCCGCGAGAGCCCUGCCUAUGCCGGGGGGGACGAAAGGGAUGGAGAAGGCUCAGAGAGAAAACAGAAGAAGAAGAAGAAAAGGCGACAGAAAGAUGAGGGAUCUUACGAACACCUGGAGAGCAGGGGUCACCCUGAGGUAGAAACACGGGGAGAGAACACUGCAUCAACAGAGGACUUCUACAACAGGAUUGGCCCCAGGCGGGAUAGAGGAGAUGGUGGCUGGGAAGACAAUCUCGGGAAGAAUGGAGGCAGGGGAAAGAAGGGCAAGAGCAGGAAGAAGCUUCCAGAGGAGUGGGGAGUCACGGCAGAAUCAUUUGUCCCUUCAACCGAAGUGACCUCUAAAAUCUCAGAGGAGGUGAUGAUGGAUCUCGGGAGUUCUGGUCAGGCAAGCCUGGAAGCCUCGUUCGGAGACAUGGAUACCUGGAAAAACGAGGUCUACCCAGAAGAAGGCCUGGUCCCUUCCCCCCUGUCUCAGGACCUAAUCUCCUUAACAGAUACCUCCAUCAACCCACUGGUCCUGAACAGCGAGCUGAAAGCCACAGCGGCUCCGUUCACUAUGCCCUCCACCACCAACACUACAACAGUUGGCUCCCUUCCCAUGGCUCCUCGCCCUGUUGAUCUCUUUGACUUCCUGAUGGAUACUGAACAUGCAAGCUUAGGCAACAGCAGCCAGGCCUUCUCACCUGGUGGUGACAUGGUUGACAGCGGCAAGUUUGAUAACACCAGUUCCCUUCAAGAGUCUUGUGUGCAAGGCCUGUCUGAGGGGGACACCUCUGCUUUCAGCCCCGCCCAGCCAAGCCCAGGCCUCUCCCCAAAAGGCGAAGUAAUAGCCUCGGCCCCUCCUCUGUCACCUUCGGAUGCUUCAUGGAUUCUGAAUGAGUCCAACGUGAGCAGCAACAGUGAGCUAUUUCAGUUUAGUGACACUACAGGUCAUCCUUUAACCUUAGGGCUGUCCUUCGACACACCUAGCCCCGCCCCUCUCCGCUCCCCUAAAACCACAGCGCAGGAAUUCGAACCCAAAGAGCACAAAGAAGCCUCAUUGGGCAAGAAGCCACCCAAGAAGUCUCGUUCUUCAUCUUCCUCCUCCUCUGUAAAGAGUCCCACCUCCCCAGGAUCUGGUCUUAACCCUACAGCUAAGCCCUUCUUCCCUAGCUUUGCGGAUCCCAUUGAAGAACCAGCCGCGGUCCCUCCAGUUACCCCCAUCAUCGAAGUAAAAUCUGACCAGAUGGAGAAGGCAGAGAAGAAGGAGGAGAAACUGGAGGACGAUGUAAAGAAGGUAGACCUGUUACACUCUCUGGAUAAAGCUGAGCAGAAGAGUGUGAAGGUAGAUUUUGCCAGCAGUGAGACUCCAGCCAAGGUGGAGAAAGAGAUGGAGAAGGAAAAACAGAAAGAGACACAAAAAGAGAAGGAGAAAGAGGCAGAAAGGGUGAAAGAAAAGGAAAAUGAGAAAGAGGUAAAAGAUACAGAAAAUGUUAAAGAGGAGAAAGAGGCAGCCAAAGUGAAGGUGACAGAGAAACAGAAUGAAAAGGAGAAAGAGAAAGUGGAGUCAAUGCAGCAGAAGGCAGAUAAGGAGGAUAAAAUGAACAAGGUAGAAGAAUCACCAGAUAAAUUGCUGAAGACAAAUACAGCGGACAAGACAGGGAAUGUAGAAAAAGUGGAGAUGACAAAAGAAGAAGGGAGCAAAGUGGAGAAAAAGGAGACUGUGGACAAAGUGGAGGAAAAUGAAAAGUCCAAAAUUGAAGAAAAAACUGAGAAGUUCGAGAAAACUGAGAUGAAGGAUGGUAAAGAGCAGCGCACGGACAAAGUAGAAAAGACCCCAGAGCAACAGCCGACACCCGUCAAGCUGGAUACCAGCUAUGACAGGCCGGAGAAGAAGGCUGACACAGAGACAAAGAAGACACCAGAGGUGGAAGACACUAAGAAAGAAAAAGCUGACACGGACGAAGCCAAGAAGAUGUUGGAGAAACCCCCUGAGGAGCCGGCGGCAAGACCAAUGCAGAAGAGCGAUAAGGACGAGAAGCAGGACAAAAUGCCGGUCGACAAAAAAGUUGUGGAGAAAAAGGAUGACAAGAAGGACAAGGCUGCAAAAGCAGAUGGAGGAGAGAAGGCCAAAAAAACAAAACCUGCAACCAAUGGAAGCAGUGCCACAUUGAGCAGAGACCCGGCAGGUGCAGACAAGAAGACCAAGCCGGCUGCCCUGGCAACCAAACCAAGCGCUGCUGCUAAAACGCGUCCGAGCAGCGCAGCUGCCGUUGGUUCGGGCACAGCCCCGACUAAGCGCCCCACAUCCACCACCACCACCACCUCCAUCUUAGACAGAAAAACAACCACAGCCAAGGCACCAUCCACAGCCGCUGCUGGUCCAAAGCGACCCUCCACCACUUCUACCAGCCGCCCUGCACCCCAUGCCACUCUUGCAAGCCGCCCUGCAUCCUCAACCACCACUGCGCGUGAUGUCAGAGCCAAGACGACUACAGAGAAGCGCCCCCUUGUUCCAAAGGCCGGCACUGCCACCUCAACAGGCUCCACUGCUGCCACCAAAAAUGGAACAGCUACCACAGCAGCCAGUAAAACAGCUGCAGCAGUCCGCACCACGGCGGCCACUCGCACCACUACUACCACUGCAGCCAAAAAGCCUUUAGCCUCUAAGACAGAUGGAAAAUCAGCAGAGGAGAAGAAGCCAAGCACUCUGAAGACUUCUACAGUUGACUCUACAAAGCCCAAGACCACCAGCAGCACCACCCGAAGCACUGCUUCCUCCGCGGCUGCCUCUCGCACUCGAACCACAGCCGCCAAGCCGGCCACAACCUCCUCCACCACUGGUACAGUACCAGAGAAGAAACCCAUGGUGCCCCGAGCCCCCCGGGCCACUUCCUCAACCUUGACCGCCUCCACCACUUCUAGGAUGACAGCUCGCCCCAGCACAGCACCGGCCUCGGACAUCCGUAACGCCCGCGCUAAGAUUGGCUCCACCGACAACAUCAAGCACCAGCCUGGAGGAGGGAAGGUACCAUCUGCCUCUCAGAGCAGGGGAGUCAUAUCCAAAGAUACGAGCCAGAGCAAAGUUCAGAUAGUCUCCAAAAAGCUGGACUUCAGCCACGUCGCCUCACGUUUGGGCUCCAAGGACAAUAUGAAGCAUGUUCCUGGUGGAGGGAAUGUGCAGAUACUCAACAAGAAGGUGGAUGUGAGUAAGGUGACAUCAAAGUGCGGCUCCAAGGACAACAUCAAGCACAAGCCUGGCGGUGGUGUCGUGAAGAUCGAGUCCCACAAAGUGAGCUUUAGGGAAAAUGCUCAGUCUAAAGUGGGUUCCAUGGACAACCUGAGCCAUUCACCUGGUGGUGGAAGCAUCAAGGCUGAGGGGGCCCAGGAGACAACAGAGGGGAAUGAGACUCCCCUGAGUGGCACCACGGUCCCAGCCCCAGGCUUCGAGCCGGGGCAGGCAGGGAGCCCUGCUGCCCAGGAGAAUGGGCUGAAGGAGGGGGUUCCCUGUGAUAGUGAGGGCCUCCGGGAGCCCCAGGCUCUGGACGCACGCAUCCCAGAGACAAGCAUCUAAUUCUAUCCCUCUGCCCUCCUCAUCUCAACCCCCCCCGCACAAAACAUCACCUCCUCCCACUCCCCACCUUCUCCUAUCUAUAUUUUUUCUUUCUCCUCUACUCCCUCCCCCUCUUCUCUGCCCCUUUCUUUCCAACCUUUCUGCUGCAGAUUGAGUGUUUCAAGCUCAACUUCCGCGAGAAUGCUCGCUCUCGCACGGACCACGGCGCCAACAUCAUCACCUGGCCAGCCCCCCAGGACGACAACAGACCCCACCCACACGGCUCUUCCCAUUCUCUACAUCAAAACCACCACCACCCCAAUCCGUCUCCUCGCAGUGUCUCCCUCAUUGAAUCGUUGGCUUCUGCAGGCUGUCAGCUCCCCCUCUGCCCCCUCCUUGCAGCAUCUUCAGGGGUGUCCAGGGGGACAACAACAGCUCCUUAAAGGGGUCUUUACCUAUAUUGCCCCAUAAAGCCCUGAAAACCCCUUUUAACUUAUAUCUGUCAUUGCAAAUUUUUUUGAAUCAUCCAAUAGCUUGCCACUGUAGUAUUACAUCUGAGCUCAUCGUCAUGCGCCAUAGCAUAUUUGGCUAAAGAUUGGACUAAGAUUGGUGGGAAUCAGUGUGAAAGGAAGUAAGGAGAAGGUUUUCUUACAUAUUUGAUUGUGUCUUCCCAAGCUGGCUGACCUGGAAUCAGUUGGUUUUACUUGGAUCCUCUGUACCCUCAGCCUGGCGGUGUACUCUGACCCUGCAUCAUCUCACCUCCACACACCAAAUAAGUAGCAAUCACUUCAUUUAUCAACCGAGCAGCGUAGAAACCAUCUUGGACUCACUUAUGGCUUCUGUCGCACACACACAUAGCCUCUUUUCCUCUUUUCCUUGUGACUUUAGGGGCUGUUUGUUCCCAUUAAUUUACUCGCCGCUUCAAUAACAUCAAAAGUAAUUCAUUGUCCAUAUUAUCUGCUUUAUCACUUACUCUCUCUUCACUAUCAUCACUUACCAUAAACAUGCUGACAAACAAAAAAAGCUAGACAACAAGUAGGCUGUUUGAACCAUUUUAGGCUGUUGACCUCUUUAUUCUCUGUGUUUGUGAUGAUGUGUAUGAGUGAAAAAACUGUGAAAAAAUGAGCUUUGGUGUUCUGUUCGAAUGUUAUUUCUGUCUUUCUUUUUUCCCCUCCUAGUUUCUUGAUUUUCAAACAAGGUUUUAUUUAUUUAUUUCUUCUCUCAUAUUUCUUCCUAUGUAAGCAAUACAGUGAACAGUCUUUUUUCCGAGCACUCAGAAAAUCUUGAAAACACGCACAGGUUUUUGUAAACUGAGACACACAUAAAGUAUUCAGACGGAGGAAGAAAGUGAGAAAGGAGUUGUUGCUAGAAAGGUGAAAAAAAAGAAUUUGUAGGUGUGCUUGGCAUUUAUGGAAAAAGAAAA